GUCGCUCCAUUUCUGUGGUAACUAUUUCUGGGAGAAGUUUUAUUGUAAAGACUGUAUGUAAUGACAAUGACAAGCUCUUCAGCAGUUUACAGCCCACUGAGUCUGACAGAAUACUGACAGUCACAUGAUCAAGCUAAGUGGGAGGGACCUGACUGACACCAGGACACCACGUGAUACACCGGCUCCACGCAAAGUGCAGUGACAGUGCACGGGCACCGGAUGUUUGUAGCCGUCCCCUCAAGCACUGAUGACGCUCCCCUCAACGAUUGGUCCUUUCGGGUCGCGAGCCCCGCUGGCAAGGGACACAUGACGAACGCCUCGCUGUGAUUGGCCGCAGCGAGGAAAGGUUGUGAGGAGUAGAGAACAUGGCAGCCGAGCCGACUAAAGCCGAGAUUCAGGCCGUGUUCAAGCGGCUCCGGGCUGCUCCUGCUAACAAGUCGUGCUUCGACUGCGGAGCUAAGAAUCCCAGCUGGGCCAGUAUCCCUUAUGGAGUCUUCCUCUGCAUUGACUGCUCUGGAAUCCACCGCUCUUUGGGGGUUCAUCUCAGCUUCAUCAGAUCGACUGAGCUGGACUCUAACUGGAGCUGGUUCCAGCUGAGAUGCAUGCAAGUGGGAGGAAAUGCCAGCGCGAAUGCGUUUUUCCAUCAGCAUGGUGCCACCACCAAUGACACCAAUGCCAAGUACAACAGCCGCAGCGCUCAGAUGUAUCGGGAAAAGAUCAGACAGCUGGCAAAUGCUGCCAUGUCUAAGCAUGGUACUGAUCUCUGGAUAGAUGGGAUGAACUCCACACUCGUUCCGCCAGCAGAGAAGAAAGAAUCUGACUUUUUUGUAGAGAUGACCCAGUCUUCCAGCUCCUGGGAGGCAACACCAGCAUCAGAAACCACAUCUACCACAAUAACCACUGAAACAAGAUCUAUAAGUGCACUCGAAGCGGCUGAUUCUACAAAUGCAGAGAGUGGUCCUAAUGUCGAUAUUCUAAGCACAUCUCCAAAAGCUCCUGUGGACCAGGCCAUGUGCCUUUCAGUUGAGGAGCCGACUAUGAGCACAGAAGUGAAGCCUUCUCUUAUUGGGAAGAAGAAAGCCAACACUGCUAAGAAAGGGCUGGGGGCUAAGAAGGGCCUAGGUGCUCAGAAGGUGAGCAGUCAGAGCUUCAGCGAGAUUGAGCGUCGUGCUCAGGUGGCAGAGAAGUUAAGAGAGCAGCAGGCAGUUGAGCUAAAGCAAGACGCUGAGGAAUCCAUUGUAUCCUCUAUGAGGCUGGCGUAUCAGGAACUUCAAAUUGACAGGAAGCAGGAAGAGAAGAGGUUGCAGAAUUUGGAAGGAAAGAAGCGGGAGCAAGCUGAGAGACUUGGCAUGGGCUUAGCUGCACGCAGUUCUGUCUCACACUCUGUGCUAUCGGAGAUGCAUGUCAUUGAGCAAGAAACGCCAGUGGCUAACAAGUCCUCACGCUCCCAACUCGACCUUCUGGAGGAUGCCAGCUUCACCUCAGGGCCCCCAAAGUAUAAGGACAACCCCUUUUCACUUGGUGACGGUUUUAGCUCACGAUGGGAGACAGAAAACUCUUCUUGGGGCUCCUCAGAUAAGACCGAGGAAGAGCGAGAGGUGACAAUCUCCAGUAUCCAGCCCGCAAGGGACCGGCCUGCGAACCGAAGGAAACCAGAGAGCGCCCCUGCACCGGAAUCAAAUGAAGCGAGGAUGAAGUUUUCCAGCGCCAAAGCCAUUUCCUCAGACAUGUUUUUUGGAAGAGAAAAUGAUGCAGAAUACGAAGCCAGAUCUCGUCUGCAGCAGCUCUCAUCUAGCAACUCUAUUAGUUCAGCCGACCUCUUCGGAGACCCAGAUUCUGUAGACAUGUCAGGUGGCGUCUCCCUCGGUAACGUGUUGCCGGCAGCAGACAUAACCCAUUUCAAGCAGGGAGUAAAAUCAGUGGCUGGCAAGAUGGCGGUUCUGGCUAAUGGAGUGAUGAAUUCUCUACAGCAGGAUCGUUACAGCUCCUAUUAAAGGAUUAUGAGCCUUGAUCUAAAACCAUAGCAUUUCCCCUAAUGCAUUCAUCUGAUGGACGAGGGUCAGAAAGAGAAAAUAAGAUGCAUCUCCUGGAUUGGACAGACCUCUUCUUUGUAGCCAAUGACCACGUCAGUAUUGCUGUACCCUAACCAGCUCACCCAGGAGCAUUUCUGCCCCUUCCACAUUUCUGCUGUUGCUUAAAUCCCACUGGCUGCCACUUACCUCAAGGGCCAGUUUCUGCUGCUUCCUCCUUCUGCAAGGAGACACUGAGGGACUUUUUUUUUUUUUUAAAUGUAAUGUGUAUUCGUGUGAAAUGAGUAUAUGGCCGGCUCCUCUGGGCUUCCAGGAGGGGGACGUGCGUCUGUAUAGCAUGUCAUGUGUUUUUUAGAUGGCUUGGAAGAAAAUGGACAAAGGAUCGGGCUCUUUAACAAUGGUUAUUUUAAUUCAGAUAUUCAGUGAUCUCUGUAUAACAUCCCAGGCCUCGGAGAUGAAGACGUGCCCUGUUUUCUUAUUUACUGCGGAAUUAUUUUUUAAAAAAAAACUUUUUUUUUAAUAGAUUUUAUCAAAAUUUAGUCCAUCCUGUUACCCGGAAGCUUUGCAUUUGCUGGGUUGGAUGCAGAUAUUUUAUACAUUUAUUUUUAUUGCCAUCUCUUGGACAUUGGCAGAUAACCCCCCCCCCCUUCCAGGUCCGUUCCAUUUUGAAUAGCAGGCAGGCAAUACCCGGAACACCAAAAUCAGUCAAUCUGUAGAAUCCCAGGAGUCAAAGUAUUAAAUAAUACACAUAGUCUUUAUUUUACAUUAUAUAUAAAAGAUAGAAUAAUGAUGUUUCGUGUUCCCCAAGGACACUUAAUCAUAGGCUGUACGUGUCCUUGGAGGACACGAAACGCGUUAGGCUUUUAUCUUUUAUACAUAAUGUAAAAUAAAGACUUUUUGUGUUCCGGAGUGGUGCCUGCCUGCUAUUCAAAUUUCGUGUGUUGCUCCCCUCUGCUGAAGGUCUGGGGCAUGAGCACCCGGACCCACCGAGGAAAGCGGUAAGCUUGUCCCCUAAUUCAAAGAACUCAUGCUUCCUAUAGUUUCGAUUUAUCCAUUCCAUUUUGUCCUGAACCGCAAGUAUCUAUAUGGCAUAUUAUUUCCCCGGAUUUUAGAGACGAGACAAAAGAAUAAAGAAGUGUAAGUGCUGUUCAUGUUCAUCAGUUUAUCUCUUAUCAGCUGUAGGCAAUGUACAUGGCAUCAGCUUUGUGGGACUGCAUCUACCAGCUUUGGAGCUUGUCUUGCUCUGUAUCCUCUUCUUUCUAUGUGGUUGGCCAGUUAGAAAUUAUUUUAAGGGCCACAUUUGUCCUUUAGGGUUUCAGCUAGACAGCCCUGUCCUGAUAGACCCUUCUAAUGGGUAUAUAUUGAAGUGUGUGUCCUAAAAAUGCACAUGGAUUUUUAAUGUCCCUCUACCUCGCGGCAAAGGCCAAACUGAACUUGUGUUUUUUGCGGGUGUCAACAUGUCAAUUUCUAGACAGUGUCUCCUCGUUUUACCGAUAAUUAACUUUUUUUUUUAGCUUUAAAGGGACAGUAUUGUUUGUUUUUUCUGUUGUGCUUACGUAACGUAGCCUAAUAAACUAAUAAACCUCAGUGGUUAAAUAAUGCAAAGUGCACUGCAGUACUCACCCGCUUUCUUUCACUUCUGGCAAGCUCAGCUUUAGAGCCAGCCAGGGGCGUAACUAUAGAGGAAGCAGACCCUGCGGCUGCAGGGGGGCCCAGGAGGUAUAGGGGCCUCAUGAGAUCCUAAUUCAUAUACAAUUUCAAUGAAUAUUGGUAAAACAAGUCAGCCUCUAGAUAUUUUGGGGGCCUGAAAAAACUUUGCUGUGGGGCCCUGUAAUAUCUAGUUACGCCACUGGAGUCAGCCAAGUGAUUGGCUGCCUGAGGGAUUUCGAACAGAUUCUAGUGUCGGGUCCACCGCUUUGGGUGGACUGGUUGGCACUGACGAUUCCAAGCAUUGUGGCCGCUUCAAGGGGGGUGACUUACUGCAGUGUACACCUUUGAAUAUAUAUUUACAGAAUUGGCUUCCAAACGAACAUUACUGAUCCUUUAACCUGUUUCAAUGCCCAUUUUUCAUGACUCCAAAUAAAAUGAUAAUUUAACCACCGUACACCAUCCCAUCAUUUUUACAUAGAAAUGUUAUAUAUGUGAUGUGUGCAUGCCUAGAUAACGCACGCCUGGCCAUGCCUUGAGUUUAGCACAAACUCAUUUAGAAAUAAUCUUAUGAUGUAAAACGAGGAUAUAUUGUAAUUAUUAGAAGUGCAACAUGACAGAAAAAAACUAAAAACUUUAUUGGGCAAAUCUAAUUAGCCCUAAAUGGUGAGCAACACUGCCUGAUUGGACACCUGCUCCAGCUCUCUCAUUGGCUGUUCACCAUUCUCUGCCCCUCCAUUGGCUGUUAAUUUCAGUACUUUGUAAGGGAUGAAUGCAGAUCAAUUGGACUUCUUCAUAACAAAAACAAAUUGGUGAUUGUUCCAGACGCUUUAUGCUGGUCUUGUUGCUUAGUGGCAUGACUGGAUGUUGGAUGAAUCCACUUGUUAGACCAGGUCGGUGCUUUUCAAGUGAGUUGUUUGCAGUUAGAAUAUGUAUUCAUUGUGUACUUGAAUUUCGUGGGAAUUCUGUCCAUCCUCUAGUUAUUCUAAGGACAAAGAACAUGGUCCAUGUUGAGCAUCUUUCCUUUAAACUGAUCUCUGUAACUUCCAAGAAGUUUUGAUUUGCCUUUGGAAUUCUAACAGUUUCUGUAAAAAAUGUAUCCAGGCAAUCGAUGUUCAUAGUUUUACUCCACAACAAUUGUACUCCCUAAGGAGCAUUUAAAGUCCAAGAAAGAAGAAGUAAUUGAACCCAAAGACCAAUGCAUCUGUAUAAUUUUGAUGACUAGUCCAUGUUGUCCUCUCCUUGUUGAUCCAGGCAUAUUGGAACAUACUCUGGUUUGAAUGGUAGUCACUCUCAGCACUCAGUUUAGUAGAUUGGAGCGUUGUUUUGUUGGGAUACUCAGGGCAAUUGUCUGGCAUUUUUCCUAGCAAAAAAAAUAAAUAAAUUGUGAAUAGGGAGAAUUAG